UUUUCUAUAUUUUUCUUGUUAUUAAAUUAAAUAAAGAUCAUCUUUGAAUUUUAGAAAAUCAGAAACCCAAUUAACAAUCAAGUUUCAUUGUACUACUUCAAGAUAUAUUUAAACAUUUGAACGAAUUAAUAUGGUGACUGAUAUAAAGGAUGUACAGGAUUUUAAAUUAAAACCUAUGAAAUGUGAAUUCAACUUCCUGAGCAAAUCUGAUGGAUCAGCUAUUUUAUCACAAGGGGAUACUGUAUCAUUGGUGAGCGUAAAUGGACCUUUAGACAUAAAGAUGACCAGUCAACGAAUAGAUAAGUCAACUCUUGAGGUUUUGUUCAGUAAUAAGAAUGGGAAACCGAGUGUGGAAAACAGAUACAAAGAGAAUAUAGUGAAACAGACAUGUGAAGCAGCAAUACUCGGUUCUCUGUAUCCUAGAACUGGUAUAAAUGUUACUAUACAAGAACUAGAAGAUUAUGGUGGUUUUCUAGCAUGUACAUUGAACUGUACUUGCCUAGCGUUGUUAAACUCUGGCGUUUCGAUGCGGAAUGUUUUCGCUGCAGUCAGUUGCGCGGUGGACAAUCACGGAAACGUCAUUCUAGAUCCGACGCAUGCACAGCUACAGACUUCCACAGCCACGAUGACGUUCGUGUUUGACAGCAGAGAUAAGAGUUUGAUUACUUGUUUUACUGAUGGAUGCUUCAGCCAAGACGCCUACCGAGAGGCGCUGGAGCGAAGCAGAUCAGCCAGCGAUCUCGUCUUCGCGUUCUACAGGGAUAUAAUCAGGAAAUAUUGUAAUGUUAUCGGAUAAUAAACUUUAUUGUUUUCA